GCUGCCAGAGAGCCAGCAGGCACUGUACAGAGAAACAGCCUGAGAGGGAGGCAGAGAAGGGGAAAGUGCUAGCGCUGAUAACAAACAGGAUCCAAGAGGCGAACGCCGCAUCCUCCUCCUGUCAGGAGCCACUUGCAAGGAUGGGCUGUACGACAGGGCACCUGGCGUGCCAAACUCAGCCCCAGACCAACUCAGGCCAGGAAGCUCAGUCUCUCGAGGCUGGGGGUGCAAAAGUCCCUGAGGUGCUCUCCUCUCUUGAGCGUCUGUCCCAGGCCACUGGAGGCAUGGAGAAGUCCUGGUACCGUUGCAUCUUUCCUUUUGGGAUCAUCUCUUUGGUGAUUGGCGUAGCAGGAACUGGGGUAACAUACACCUACAAUGACCUGCCUCAGACUAAAGUGGUUUCUGUGGUGCUACUGGUUAUGGGGCUUUUGCUAUUGCUGAUGGCUACCGCUUGUUGGACUGUCCACAAGAAGAAGAGAAGGAAAAAGAAAGAGGGAGGCUCGUUCACCUCUGAACAGUGUCCCCUCUGAGGAGAAAACUUUGAUAGGAACUUGGUAGCAGAGACAAACCCAGGGGUGGGAGCUCAGAGGUUUGCCUCCCACCACCAAAUCCCCUCUAUUCUUUAUCACAGAGUUUGCCUCAGCUCAAACUGGUGACAACUUGGGCUGACAAAUCAUAGAGUGGAAGGACAGAUAGACAGAACUCCAAGGAUCUGCUAAGUCUGUACGUUUUGGACCAUUUUUUGACCGGCAAGGAGGGAUCACCAAUGCCACACACUCUCUUUUAUCAUCAGACAGCAGGUGUCCAGUGUCAAAACAACUUCCAAGGAGACGCACAAAUAUGCGCUGUGCACUGCGUGCAUACUUACACGCACGAAUACAUGGCCCUUGCAGUCCUCAGUCACACAUGCACUAGCAGUCACAGUGGAAGACUGCACAGACACCCAACACGCUAUGCGGAGCUGCUGCUGGAGUCAAUGCUGGCGUCACUAGGCACGUCAGUCACAGCAUUCCUCCUGCCAGGACAGGUGACUCUCCAAGAGGCCAGAAGUGGGCCAAAGACAGCAACCUGAUACCCAUCCGAAAGAGCAGCUCACCCGCGUCAGCGGCCAGCGUCAUUCACUCGUCCUGUGACACCGCAGCAAUGUGUUGGGGGCUUUUUUUACGCAAUGGGAGAGUGGAACUUGAGUCCAACAGGAUCUUACUGGCAUCUGUGUGGACGAUGAACCGGAGAGGGCAAGGGACCUGUUGGGGAAGUGGAAGGUGUUUGUGCAAAAAAACAAAAAGAUUCUGGUGAACUGAAACACUAGCGGACCUUUUACUUCACUACUGAGGAACAAAAGAUUUGCACAUAUGGAAGCGUCCACGCCAAGCCAGAGAAAUUCUUAGUAAAGCACUGCAAGGCCUUCUGUAGCUUCAACUUAAUGUUACAAAGGAGUGGGGCUCUGACUUUCUGACUGAAUGAAUGCCCUCCUGUCAUUAUGCGAGCAUUUACACUCAGCCUCCUUCAUGGGGCACCAUGGGGCAGGCCAGGAUUAUUGAAGGACACUGCAUGAGGCAACAUGCCACUGCAGGGACACUUUGACUGAUCCUGCUCCCCUAGGGCCCCUCCCGCUUUGUGCCUUGAGCAAGCACUCAUGGAAAAAGGCUCUGUUGCAUUCCCCCAUUUCCAUCUGAACCCCUAAGAAUUUCCCCCUUGUCUCUCCUGCUUUUUGCCCCACCAGGACUGCCCUCAUCAUUGCCCAGUUUCCUGAUGCACCUACUUGUUUCCCCAUUUCCAUAAAGCCUUGUGUGCAGAUUUUCUGCACACAAGUUGAGACACUUUAAUGUAAGCCUCAUAGCCCACAGACAUUUGUCGUUACCCAUCUGUGCCAAAGAAUGUGGAUUGUUUUCUCUCUCAUAGUGGAAAGAAUAUUGACCCAGAGUGAGUAGCAAAUCCCUUUGUCGGACUAAAAAUAGGGUACAAGGCUGUUCUCCAGUGAAUAGUGACGAAGGUUUGCACUCUUAGUGGCUCUGGGGUUUCCCUUUCUAACACUUGUGCUUUCAGAGAGAAUGAAUGAAUGUAGCUGUGCAUGUCUGUAUGUUGGUGUGGUCUCACAGAGGCAACCAAAAGUCAUCUUGUCUUAAAUAUUUCAGUCAUUGAAUGUAACAUUGAAUGGAAGUAAAAAUCAAGAGAAGAUGGCACGCUUGUACAGAAUGUAUAGAUGUGCUAAGGAGUCUAGACCUUCUUGUCUCCAUGUGAAGGGCAGUAGUAGCAGUCUUUUACCCUUGAGAACUACUAUUGAUCAUUGUGCAUUGAUUCUGGUUACCCGGUUAGUGAUGUGUCUUGCGGAGUAAAAUGUGUCUAUGCAUCCAGAGGUAGCAGCUAUCACACUACGCCAAAGAUUGUCCUGGAGGCCUGCAUUCGUCUACACACUUCGGUAGACAUCCAUCGGAUCAGUCUGUUCAUGAACGGCUCCGUUUGCUUUUAGAUGUUCUGUUGCACAGUGAUUGCCAAUCUUACUCCGUUUAAAGAAAGGGAACUAGAGGUAAUUUUGGAUGACAAAAGCAAUCCAGGAAGCCAUUGCUUUCACUUUUAUGUGCAAGUGGGGAGCUAUGCUUGAGGCAAGAUUGGGAUCAGCCAUCCUGAACAGAGCAGUGUUAUUAUGGGGGGAUAUAAUGCAUCUCUGGCAGCAGGGAAAUGCCAAGUUAAUGUGGUGACGUCAGUUUUCUGCAUUAGCUUUAAAAAAAAGGGAAAAAAUCAAUCGUGAGAAUGACAACUUACACUGGCCUUUACUCCCUCCUGAAAUACGGCUUAUGUAUGAAUGCAAUUUUCACAUGUAUAGCGCUCAUUUAUUAUGUAAGACGUUGUGGUUGCAUUGUUUUUCUUGCCAGUAAUCAAGCUAUGUUCUGCCGGUGUGUUAACACUGAAUGGAAAGUGACUUGUAAAAGGGAUUUCUCAUCUGCCUUGUAAAAAAAAACAGGAGUUAAAGGGAAAGUCUACCUCUCUGUGCUGCAGGGGAAAUAUGUCCCUAACCCCGUAGAUAGCCAUGCUGUCUGCCUUUGCUGUUGGUCACUCCACUGAGUGACACAAAAUGUUCAUUCGUGUGCCCUCUAAUUUUGGUGCUGUAUAUAGAUAUGACAAUUUUAUAUUUCUAGUGUAUAUUUGUACUUAAAUGUCAAUUUAAUUGUUGUAUAAUAAAUGUAUGUGUACACUU